CCAAAGAGUGACACUCAAGACCCUCUGGUAAACCCAACUCUUCUUCUAGGAAGGAAGCCCACUAGCUGGGUUAAAGAUCUUGUGGAUGUAAGAAGAUUCAGUAGCCUGUCCAAACUGGUGAGAGUCGUUGCCUGGGUUUGUCUGGCUGCUAAGCAGUGGCUGAAGAGAAAAGGCCGGGCCCCUAAACAGUCAAAGUGGGAGGUAGGACCAAGCAAGCUGUGCUGACUGUCAAAGAACAUGAAGAGGCACUCAAAGACCUCUUCCUCGCAGCUCAAGAUGGUGCAGUUUUUUCAGACACAACUCUUAGCAGACUGGCCGUAUACAAAUAGGUGAACUCUGGACUGCUAGUUUGUGGAGGCAGAAUCCAGAUGUUCAACGAAGAUAAGACAGCAGUGCCAGUUUUGCCUUUUGAUGCAUGGGUGUCCACACUGCUGGCACACGAAUCCCACAAAGCAAACCAUGAGGGAGUGGCAGGAACCCUCCUCCGGAUGAGGAAGAAAGCCUGGGUAAUAAAAAGCCGUAGACUUGCCAAGAAAACGGUUGACAGCUGUGUGGUCUGCAGGAAAAACAAAGCAAGACAGUGUCAACAAAUCAUGGCUGAUCUGCCUCUAGAGCGAACUGGCCCAGCUGCACCUUUUGAGUUUACCACCAUGGACCUGUUCGGCCCUUAUGAAGUAAAAGAUGAGGUUAAGAAGAGAACCAGACUCAGAGUAUGGGGAAUAGUCUUCUGCUGCAUGGCUUCCCGAGCCAUACACACUGACGUGGUGAGUGACAUGUCAUCUGAAGGAUUCCUGCUAGCCUAUCAAAGAUUCACUUCACUAAGACACCCCAGGAAACUCUGGUCAGACCCUGGCACCAACUUUGUGGGAGCCAGACCUGCACUGGAGAAGCUUCACAACUUCCUUAACCAACUAAACAAGUCUGAACUUGAAGACACAGCUGCCAAGCAUGGUACAGAAUGGUCAUGGAAGAUCCACCCUGCAGACUCUCCCCAUAGGAAUGGUGCAGAGGAGGCAGCUGUCAAAGUAGUGAAACGGGGGUUGAACAACCUUGGUGGAGAUGGCGUUUUCACAUGGGGAGAAUUCCAAACCUUUCUUUUCAUGGCAGCCAACCUUGCAAAUGAGAGACCCAUCGAUGCAAGAACUCAAAGCAGAGAAGACUGUGUAGAGUACAUCACCCCGAAUUCCCUGCUUUUAGGACGUGGCAAUCCAAAAGGAGACCCUGGAGAUUUCCAGUUUGAUGGCUACCCUUACAAAAGACUUAAACAUAUUCAAGCAGAGUUAAGCCAUUUCUGGAAGAAGUGGAGCCAAUUGGCUGGACCUAAUCUGUUCAUAAGGAAUAGAUGGCACACCAGAGAGCGAAAUGUGGCUGUUGGAGACGUGGUCUGGUUGGCUGACCAAAAUGCCUUGAGAGGACAGUACAAGCUGGCUAGAGUGGUUGGUGUCAAUGCUGACGGCAAAGGCAUCGUAAGGGAUGUGCUUGUGAAGACUUUUCCCAGCUAUCUUGUUCACAUCACAAAGGCAAAUGGCAAAGAUGCGCCCACAAGAGCAAACAGUGAGAGAACCAAGAAGCUUAAAACCAAAAUCCCAGCCACAAUACUCCAUAGAGAUGUCAGACGCCUUGUCAUUCUACUUCCCAUUGAAGAACAAGCAGAAGUGUGAAGGGCUCGUGUGACCUCUCUGGAUUUGAAAAAACCAGGAGCUCAAGUGGGAGGUGUUGGGCUGAAUCCUAGAGAUGAGCCUCAAAGAACUACACUUCCCAGAGUGCACAAGCAGCAGCCAACCUGCUGCUUGCCUGGUCAGUCAUUAUCACUGAUUUGGAUCACCUGUUAAGACAUGGAGGUUCUCAGUCAUUCGAAAAACAAACUCCAGAGAGAAGUUGCUCCAAGUUCACUCGUAUGUUCAGUCCAAAGACUCCAAUGGUUUACAACCUAAAUCACUGAACAGACCAAUCAACUGACAAAGCACAAGCAAAAUAAAAGUGAGUUGGAAAUUUGAGUUGUCCCUGUGUCCUUUGGAUGGUGAACAAGAGUAGGACUUGACAGUAUCUCUCAAGAUCACCAAGUUAUUACAUUACA